AUGACAGAUACACUCAAGCCAUAUUGCAUCUCUCAGCUCGAAGGCGGACAUCGUCCCGGCUCCGAUGCCAUCUUCAACUCUCACAGCAAAGAUGACAUCCUCUCCACCCUCAAAGAAUGGAAUUCUCGGCGCAUUCUUCUAGUCCAUAGCAAAGCUCUCGCCAAAAACACACCGGUGAUUACUGAUCUCAAAGAAGCUCUUGGGGACUGCCUCACCAACGUCAAAGAAGGCGUCGGCUCUCACUCCCCAUACGGAGAUGUCAUCGACAUUGCCCAUCGCAUCACAGAGCACAAGAUAGACUGUGUCAUCAGCGUCGGCAGCGGCUCUUACUCCGACGCCUGUAAAGUCGCGCGUCUAAUGUCCGCCACUCUUCCCAAAGGAUUUAGCGAGAAAGACAUGGAAGAUCUACUGGAUCAAGAGAAAGGCGUUGCGCCGCAGGAUAAAAUGAAGAAGGCGGAGGGCGUGAAGCUCAUUCUUGUUCCAACGAGCUUAUCAGCGGGAGAAUGGAACCAUACCGCGAGCUGUACCAACAGCGCUGGGAAAAAGCAGCAUUUCUCGCUUCAGGAUGGCGGUGCGCCGGAUUUAAUCCUCAUGGAUCCAUGGGUUGCGAGAACGUCGCCCGACAAAUUGUGGUUAAGCUCUGGAAUACGUGCUGUUGACCACUGCGUUGAGACGCUAUGCAACCCCGAAUGCAAAAAGCAUCCUGAUGUGCAAGAAUGGUGCGAAAAGGCACUGCGAGACUUGGCCAAAGGGUUGGUUGAGUAUAAAGAGGGACUGGGCAGGGGAAAAGAAGGUGAAGAAGAACUUGUGCAUGGCGUGAGCAAGUGUCAAGCCGGAAGUCGCAUGGCGCUCAUGGGCUUUAUUAUUUACAGAGUGAACAUGGGCACCAGUCAUGCAAUUGGGCAUCAACUGGGUAGUGUUGGGAAGGUCAUGCAUGGUAUUACGAGCUGUAUUAUGCUUCCGCCUGUGUUGCGAUACACCAAGGCGCGAAACCCUGAGGCGCAGAGCAAGAUCGUGAGGAUCUUUAAUGAGACGUUGGGAUGGGAAGAGACUGAGGCGGGGGAUUGCGUUGCACGGCUUGUCAAGGUUACAGGGCUGCCGAGUACGUUGUGGGAGGUUGGCGUUACAAGCGAUGAGCAGAUUGAGCAGAUCAUCGACAAGACCAUGACGGAUGUCAUGUUCUCGUUUGGCAAGGUCUUGACUAGGGAGGAAGUAUCUGAGAUUGUAUACUCAACUAAAUAA